AUGAAUUUUUCAGACUUUCAUUUUUUUUUAUCUCGAAGAGUUUUCAUUUGCCCAAUACUCUGCCAAGGUUACUUCGGGACCAAUUCCUUACUUUUUCUUUUUUUCUUCAAUACUUUACUACUCAUAAAAUCUGUUUUUAAAGAAAGACAUAACAAAAAAAUCUAUUUCUGUCAACGCUGUCUUAAUCACGGAUCCCGGUUACCGCGAAAAAAUCAUAAGUGCGAAUGUCCUUAUGCUGAAUGUAAGUGUGAGUACUGUUUUCUGGUCGAAAAGCGUCGCCAGCUGAAUUCUCAGCUUCACAAUCUCGAAGGAGUUGAUACUGAGUCGAUAAUGCCAAUCGACAAUGACGACGAAUCACCACCACCACCGUCCUCAGAAGUCGAUCGUAUGGUCAGAGUUAAAGGAGGUUAG